CGUAUUCCCUUCUGUGUCUCCGCAGGCCUGUCCCGGAGCGUGAGAGUCCCGGACGCCGCCGCUGGCCACAUGCUGCAGAAACUCAGAGGAAAGAGUGAGUUCACCAUCGCUCUGACGCUCAGACAGGAGAAGCUCAACUCUGGAGUCAUUCUGUCCAUCCAUCACGGAGAGAAGAGAUUGCUGGAGCUGGAGAGCAGCGGACAGAAGAGUGAAGUGCGUCUUCAUUUCCAGACCAAAGGCCAGCAGACGUACACUGAGAUCUUCCCCUACACCCUCGCCGACAACCAGUGGCACAAGGUCUCCGUGGCCAUCAGCGCUUCACAUGUGGCGCUCUAUGUAGACUGCAACAGAAUCUACGAGCGAGUGGUGGCCGUUCCUCUGAUGGAGAUCCCGGAAGAAACGUCGUUCUGGGUCGGGCAGAGAAACAGCGCUCAUGGCUUAUUCAAGGGAGUGAUGCAAGACCUUCAGAUCCUUGUAAUGCCUCAAGGAUUCAUCACACAAUGCCCGGACCUCAACCGUACCUGUCCGACCUGCAACGACUUUCAUGGACUCGUGCAGAAGAUCAUGGAGCUUCAGGACAUCUUGGCCAAAACCUCCAGCAAGCUGUCUCUGGCCGAGGAGAAGAUGAAAGGUCUGGAUUCGUGUUAUUGCGAGAGAACGUGUCACGUGAAGGGAGUGACCUACAGAGAGGAGCAGACGUGGACCGACGGGUGCAAGAACUGCACGUGCUCGAACGGGACCGUCCGCUGUGAGAAGAUUGUGUGUCCCCCGCUCGAGUGUCCUGAUGGUACGACCCCGGCGUAUGUGUCAGGAUCCUGCUGCAAAGAGUGCCUCUCGAUGUGCUUGUUCUCGGAGCAGACGCUGGCGGAAGGACUGCGCUGUGCUGUUCAUCAUCCCUCUGGACUCUGCCAGCUGUUUGAGUGCAGGGAUCACACGAUGCAUAGAGUCCCGAACACUGAAGACUGUCCCCAGCUCUCCUGUGCUGAAGCGGAUCAGAUCUCACUCACAGACCGAUGCUGCCGAGUCUGCAGAGGUCACGACUUCUGCGCCGAGGACAACAUGUGCGCGGAGAACUCGGCCUGCGUGAACUUGGACGCCGGCGCCAGUUGCAACUGCAAGAACGGCUUUCGACCGCUACGCGAGGACAGCGCUUUCUGCGAAGAUAUCGACGAGUGUGUGGAGGGGAGGCACUACUGCCGCGAGAACACACAGUGUGUGAACACCGCCGGCUCCUUCAUGUGCAUCUGCCUCACCGGAUUCAUCCGUAUCGAUGAUUACUCCUGUACAGAGCACGAUGAGUGUGUGUCCGGGCAGCACAGCUGCGAUGAAAACGCUCUGUGUUUCAACACCGUCGGCGGCCACAGCUGCUCCUGCAAACCCGGAUACACCGGCAACGGCACCACCUGCAGAGCGCUCUGCGACGGACGCUGUCUCAACGGGGGCUCCUGCGUGACUCCGAACAUCUGUGUGUGUCCGCAGGGCUUCAGCGGGCAGAACUGCGAGACCGAUAUCGAUGAGUGCCUGGAGGGUUUGGUGCAGUGUGACACACACGCCACCUGUGUGAAUUUACCUGGUUGGUAUCACUGCGAGUGUCGCGAGGGUUACCAUGAUAACGAGGUUUUCACUGCAAAUGGAGAGUCCUGUAAAGACAUCAACGAGUGUCGGACAGGUCGCAGCACCUGCGCCAACGACACCGUGUGUUUCAACCUGGACGGCGGAUACGACUGCCGCUGUCCACACGGCCACAACUGCACCGGCGACUGCAUCCACGACACCAAGGUCAAGCACAACGGCCAGAUCUGGGUCCUGGACAAUGACAGAUGCUCCGUGUGCUCGUGUCAGUCAGGUCGGGUCAUGUGCAGACGGAUGGUGUGUGAUUGUGACAAUCCCACGCUGGAUCUGUUCUGCUGUCCGGAGUGCGACCCGCGUCUGACGUCCCAGUGCCUCCAUCAGAACGGACUGCUGACGUACUCCAGUGGAGACACCUGGAUCGAGAGCUGCCAGCGCUGCCAGUGUCUGCAGGGUGAAGUGGACUGCUGGCCUCUGUCCUGCCCGCCGGCGGACUGCGAGUUCACGCUGGUUCCCGAGGGCGAGUGUUGCCCGCGCUGCAUCUCGGACCCGUGCCAGGCUCACGCCGUCCGCAACGACAUCACCAAGACCUGUGAGGACGAACACGGGAUCACCCGCCUCAGCGGCUCGUCCUGGGUCAAACACGGCACGGAGUGCACACUGUGCCAGUGCAAGAACGGACACAUCUGUUGCUCAGUGGAUCCCAUGUGUCUUUAGUGGCUCGACGCUCACAGCACCUGUACAGUCUCACACGACCCUCCCCGAAUUUAUGCCAAAUAUGAAAGGUGUAUAAUAUCAGACCGGAGGAGGCCAUUUCUGCACAAUCAAGGACUAUAAACCCACGACGAGAAACCAAACACGAGCACCGGCAUGACCACACUGGAUGUUUAAAGAAUAAAACAUUCUUUCAUUUUUAUCUCUGAUGAUCACAGGAUUGUAGAAACUUUAGCUAGCAAGUAAAUCUUAGCGUAUUUCUCUUUUGCCUGGAUAUGGAAGUUCGACGCUAUUUUGUGUUUCUUUUUCGAUUAGCUUUCUGUGUCUGUUUUCUGUCUAGAUUUUAAAUUAUUAUAUGGCUUGUUCUUGUCUGACGGUGAAUAAAAUAUCUCCAUUUCCAUUUA